AUGUGUAAGGCUGGGCUGGAUGGAUCCAAAGCUGGAGUCAAUAUUGCUGGAAGAAAUAUCAACAACCUCAGAUACGCAGAUGAUACUACUCUGAUGGCUGAAAGUGAGGAAGAACUAAAGGACCUAUUGAUGAUGGUAAAAGAGAGUGAAAAAGCUGGCUUGCUGCUCAACGUUGAAAAGACUAAGAUCAUGCCAAACAGCAAUCUUUGUUCCUGGCAAAUAGAUAUGGAAGAAGUGGAGGCAGUGACAGAUUUUAUUUUCCUGGGAUCCAAGAUCUCUUCAGAUGGUGACUGCAGUCAUGAAAUUAAAAGACGUUUGCUUCUUGGGAGGAAAGCUAUGGCAAACUUAGACAAGCUGGUAAAAACUAAAGAUCUUACACUAUCAACAAAGGUCUGCAUAGUCAGAACUAUGGUAUUCCCAGUAGUAACAUACGGAUGUGAGAGCUGGACUAUAAAGAAGGCUGAGCGUCGUAGAAUUGAUGCCUUUGAACUGUGGUGUUAG